AUGUCCGAAACGAAUGACGAUCUACUUACCUACGAUUUGGGCAACGAUGAUCCUGCUAUUCUCAACGAGGACGAACUCCUGCUGUCCGAUGACGAGAGCGGUAUCAAGCUCGACCAGCAGGAUGAAGAUUUUCUGCUCAGUGAAACGGACGAUUGGGUAAGCAAGGAGCUGUCGGUGAGGAAGAGUGAUCUCGUGGGCACGAGACCAGCAGAACAGAGCCAUGUUCACAAGACAGACCGCACAGACAGCAGCCGUCCGGCGGCGCAAAGUGAAUCGACGAGCCAGUGCAACGAUAGCGGCAAUACUACCGACGGAUAUCACGAAACGGAACACGCGGUGCUGCAGGAUGUGGACGCGUUUGUUGAACCUAGUCACACGAGGAGAACUGGCCCGAGCGGUGUGAAUGUUGCCGACCACAGUGAACAACCGGGUGUUGUGCUGGUAGACGCUUGUAGAGUGGAAACGAGUGUUGAUUGUGUGGAAACGACGCUGCCUACUGUGACGGGAAAAUGUGCAGUCGAUGCGAAGUACGAGAUGGCGUUUUCCGAUACGCAAGAAGUGCUUGCCGUCGAUUCGAAAGAGUCGUUACUGACGUCCAGCUCCUCGGGGACGUUAGACGACGGGGUGACGGUGGUUUCAUCCGUGCAGUAUAGCUCCCCAUCACGCUCACUCACGGAAACCGUCAGCACAUCGCCCAUGUCGAGCAGCACCCGGCGGUCAGAACGCACAACCGCUAGCGAACUGUGUGACACGACGUCGACGGAGGACGGACCGUUUACCUACGGUGGUACGCACGAGCAUGAUCCUUCGUACGAUACGGACGAAUCAAGUGAGAAGCGUGGCUGGAAAAACGAAUCCAAAGUCGAUGGCCGUCACUCGGCGGGUCAUCCGCCGCUGCUUCAUCACCACCCACAACAGCCACACCAUGGUCCGCCGGGUGGUGGUAUGAACCGACCGGGAGGUUUCGGUAAACCCGGCAUAAAGCUCCCGCUACUGCUACCGCAUGCCGGUAUGGUCGCACCAAACAUCCUGGGUACACACAGGCCGAACAACUUCGUCGGAAUGCACCCAAACGCCCGCAUGGACUUCCGACCGGGGAACCGACAACGCUACCCGCUCCGGCCCGGUUUCGCGCCGGAUGUGAUGAACCAGUUUCGCGGUAUGGGCCGCAUGAAUUUCCCUCCCGGACCGCAUAUGCCACCGCACCAUCUCGUGGGUGCACCCGGUGGCCUAAUGCCCGGUGGUGCUGGUGGCCCAAACGGCCCAAUGCCACCGAUGCGUGGGUUUCCCUCUCGCGGACACCCGUACGACAUGGGUAGACCGAUGCCACCGCGUCUCAUGCGCCCGAUGGGUGGUGCUAAUGGGCCGCAAAUGUUCCGUGCCGCAGGUCCUCCUAAUGGACCAGCCGGGACGGUGAAAGGUGUACCCGGUCCGAACGGACCUUACGGGCCUUCACAGGCCCACCAAUCGCUCCCGGUGGGGUCCCUCGGUGGCGCCGGAAAACCUGGAGUAGGUACUACGGGACCACCACAGUCACUGCUGUCCGGAUCGUUCGAUCCAAUGACGGUUGGAGGGGGCACUGGAGCGGGAACAGCGAGUGGUAGUGCGGGAAGCAGCAGUGGCAGUGGUACCGCCACACCAAUCCAACAAACAGCACCGCCGGUGGCCACAUUUCCGCAAAAAGUUCUCAUCAACCCUAAUUUUAAAGGUGGCGUCGAAGCGGUUAAGAAUCAACUGAUGCGUGAUGCGGCCCUAAACAACCAACAGUUUGUGGCCGGUGUCAGCUCCCGUCCGCAGGUCAGCGACGAGGAGCUGCUCCGCCAGCAGGAAGAGUUCAUCAACAAGAACCGCAUCGAGGUGGAAAAGCGGCGCCACGAACGGUCACCUUCUCGCGAGCGGGAACGCGAACGGGACCGCGAUCGGGCUCGGUCACGCGAAAGGGAACGCUCGCGGGAACGUGAACGCGACCGGGAACGGGAACUCCGGGACCGUGAACGCGAGCGGGACCGCGAAGCUCCCCGGGCUCGAUCGAGGGAACGAUCGCGCGAACGGGAACGUGAAGUGCGGCCUCGGUCACGUGAACGCGAGCGGGAACGUGAAUAUUCACCGAGGCGCCACCAUCGCGCUGGUAGCAGGGAUCGUGACCUUGGCCGGCCUGGCAGGAGGAACUUUGGUCGGACACGCAACGCUAGCCGCGAUCGAGAUGACGACAGUCGGUUCCCGAAGCGCCGGAAGAGCGGUGAUUAUGGGGAAAACAACCGUGGCCAUCAUGAGCGGAACGAGGACGAUGAAGAUCCCGAAACGAGAGCGUACCGGAUAGAGAUCGAGAAGCAGAAAGCGACCCGGGAAAAAAUGCUGCGCGAAAAAGAGAUGCGCCGGAAGCGAGCAGCAGAGGAGAAGCUGAAAACGCGAACGAAUGAAAUCAAACCUCAGGAGAACACUCCACCAAAGCUGACCCCGCUGGUCGUGACGGAGAAAAGGAUCAUUACGCUCAAGAAGAAAAACGCGGAACCAUCGGUGGCCGACCCGUUGCCCCGUUCAUCCGUGGAGCGAUCGAGCGGUCACGUUAAGGCCGCUCCGGGUGAUCCGCAGGAUCGUACGCGCACGCGUCCGGAUAAUGAACCGCAAUCGAGCGACGGUAGUACCGAUCGGCAGCGGCGAAUCAGUGAACCCAACUCGGAAGCCAUCGAGCUGGAUCUGCUCGAGGAGCUGCUGUUGCGUGAACCGACACCGGAACCGAUGCCUUCGAAACCUGUGCGGGUUUCAACCAGCAGCGGUGGCCAUGUGUCUACCACAACCGUGCCCACCACCGGUAGGGCAGGUGAAGGAGGAGCGGCGGCCCCCCUGAAGGGCAGUAGGGAACGGAGCACCGUAGCAACAUCGGGCAACAGCGUGGGCAGCAGCGGAGGCACCGCAGGAAGCGGAGGAACCGGAGCAGGUGGAGCAAGUAGCAGCCGCAGGAUCGUACUGAUGAAGUCGACCAGCGACAGGCGGGAGCGAGGAGACGACCGGGUGGCGUCCAGUGCCAGCGGCAACCGGAAGACGCGCAUCUUCGACCGGCUGGACAAGCGGAUCGGUGUCAACGAAGCCGACAAGCGGAAAAUUCAGAGGUUAGUCAAGGAUAAUUAACCGAUUCUAUUCUAUC